CAGUUCCUUUAAAGGUGAACCACCCCUAUAAAAAUAUUUCUUUUUUUAUGGAAUGCCCAGUUGCAAUCUCUACACUAGUGAAUUUGCCCCUUUCAGCCCUGAUAGGUUUGCUGGAGGUUGACUUUUUGGGUGGGUGGAGGCUAGCAACACCAAUGCACAAGCUGUAUGUCAGCUUAAUUUUAACAUUCUUGCACAGAACAGAUUUUCUCAGAAGUGGGCUGGUUACUGGUGGGUAAUUUAUUAGUGUAGCUGUACUUCCUGUUAAUGUUCCCCAAAGAGCUGGAGGUUGGGGGUGAUAUAAUGUGUGUGACAGGGCGGGGCAAUCAGCAGUGUAUGUGACUAAGGCAAAGGAACAGUAGUCUGUGUUUGAGAACAGGAGCAGCGGAGCGGAUGCUCACACACACCUCAACUGUAAAGUGAUCAGGCUGUCAGGAAGCUACAACAUUUAUCAACACCAAUCAAUGUGAAUUCUGCAGCCCGUGCAGUCUUCCUGUGCUCAUUCACUUGCACCCUGGCUGCCUGCAGGAUGGACGUCCAUGGACGCCUGACUUUAGAUAUAUCAGACAGGAAUCCUCAGGAUGAUUUUGAGCUUAUCCAGCGACUUGGCAGUGGGAGCUACGGUGAAGUUUUUAAGGCCAGAAAUAAAGCUACCGGAGAACUGGCAGCAGUGAAAAUUGUUACAAAAGAACCUGAUGAAGAUUUCUCUGUAAUCCAGCAAGAGGUGCUGAUCGUAAAAACCUGUGCUCAAAAAAACAUUGUCGCAUAUUAUGGAAGUUACAUGCAAGUAAACAAGCUAUGGAUUUGCAUGGAAUACUGUGGAGGUGGAUCACUACAGGACAUUUAUCAAGUGACAGGAGCCCUUUCAGAACUACAGACAGCCUAUGUUUGCAGAGAAACCCUGCAGGGUCUGUCUUAUCUGCACAAUCAAGGGAAGAUUCACAGAGAUAUCAAGGGUGCUAACAUUCUUCUGAAUGACAGUGGAGAUGUUAAAGUAGCGGAUUUUGGGAUUUCGGCUCAACUCACUGCUACUUUUGCAAGAAGAAAAUCAUUUAUUGGGACACCUUACUGGAUGGCACCAGAGGUGGCUGCUGUAGAGCUGAAAGGGGGCUACACAGAACUGUGUGAUGUCUGGUCUCUGGGGAUCACUGCAAUUGAACUGGCUGAGCUUCAACCCCCAAUGUUUCACAUACACCCCCUCAGAGUUCUCUUUCUAAUGUCCAAGAGUGGAUUUCAGCCUCCCAAACUGAAAGAGAAGUCCAAAUGGACAGCACCCUUUCACAAUUUUGUGAAAGUUGCAUUAACGAAAAGUCCAAAGAAGAGACCAAGUGCAUCAAAACUGCUAACUCAUCAGUUUGUGGCUCAACCAGGACUCCAUGCUUCCCUAACUCAAGAAUUACUGGAAAAACUAAGAAAUCCAGAAAAACACAAAGAUAUCUCUAUCCCAGAUGAAGAAGAGGAGGUGGAGGCUUUGCCUACUUUUUCGCGAAUCCUUUCGAAAAAUCGCCACCCUAAAGCCACCCGAUCCUCUUCAGACAUUCAGUUGCACCAGAUCAAUUUAAAGCAGAUUGCAAUAAGUAGUGAAGCAGAUACUGCAUUAAUAUCGGAUAAAUAUUCUGGUACAGAUUGUGGUCUAAGGGGAACACCAAUCAGCCCAGUCUCCAGAAGGAGGGUAUGUGACAGCUCUUCUGAUGAUGAUGACUAUGAUGAUGUUGACAUCCCUCAAAAUAUUGAUCAUAACAAUGAUACAUCACCCACAGAGGAUUCCCCUCCUCCACUGCCCCCAAAGCCGAGAUUUCGCACCUGUUCGGCAGAUGCUAAAAGAGGCCAGCAGAGACUGCAUGCACCUACCAAUCUGGUUCGCUGCUGUAGUGGCCCUAACAUUCCAAGGAACCCAGCACAUGCCUGGUCUGAGGGAAUAAGAAAUCCACUGCUUGCUGCCAGCUCUGAACCAUCCCUUUCAUCAUGUGAUUCCCCAUCAUCUGUACCACCAACCCUGCCUCCUAAAAAGGGAAAAAAACAGGCAGGGGUCAUCUUUAAAAAGAUUUUUAAUGGAUGCCCUCUAAAAAUCCACUCUGCAACAUGCUGGAGUCACCCUACUACAAAAGACAUGCAUGUGAUUUUAGGAGCAGAGGAAGGAAUAUUUACUCUGAACCUCACAGAGUCACAAGCUUCUCUAGAGCUGCUCUAUCCUACUCGAACAACUUGGGUUUAUUCUAUCAACAAUGUUCUCAUGACCAUAACCGGAAAAGCCUGUCACUUGUAUUCACAUGGUCUCCUUGCCCUUCAUGAGCAGUCUCGGAGAGAGCACCGCCUGGUUCAGAUGCCUGCACAUAGACUACUAAGGAGGAAACUGACAUCAAGCAAAGUUCCAGACACUAAGGGCUGCAAGAGUUGCUGUGUGGCUCACAAUACUGUGCGAGACAGCUGGUUUCUGUGUGCAGCUCUGGAGGCCAGUAUCCUUCUCCUGGAAUGGUAUGAGCCACUUCAAAAAUUCAUGCUGCUUAAGCACUUUGAUUUUCCUCUGCCCAACCUGCUCAGGGUCUUUCAGAUGUUGGUUGUACCUGGGGAGCAGUAUCCGUUGGUGUGUAUUGGAGUCAGCAAGAGGUCACCAUCCUGUACUAGUGUUCGAUUCCAGACCAUCAACCUCAACUCUUUGACCUCCUGGUUUACUGACUGUGUGGCCGAGAGCUCUUACUCUGGACCAAUACAGGUGAUACAAACAGGCUCUGACAGUGUCUUGGUACUCACUGACACCUUGGGUAAACUGGAGCCAGGAUCUUGGUCAGAACAAAAUCCAUUAAGGCAAUACACACUAAACUUGGUAAAUCUUCAGGGAGAGCCACUUCAGACUUCCUUAUUGACAGAUAUCUCAUUCAAAUGCUCAGUGGUGUCCGUAGCUGUUUUCAGAGACACUGUUCUGGUGUUCAUGGAGAAAGGUUUCCAAGUAUUAAACAUACAGUCUGCAGAGGUUAUAGCUGACUGCCGAGAUCGCAGUUUACAAGUGUUAUCAUCUGACAGCAGGAUGGUUAUUGUAGAAGCUCCACAGUCUAGUCAUGGCAACACAAAAAAUCUUUAUAUCCAGGAAUAAAAUCACAUUCUACUUUUGAAAUGUGAGACUGGAACAUAGAAAAGCUCUUCCUCCAAGUUUCCCAACUGUAUCAUAAGCACCGAGAACUGUUCUGCCCAUAAUGAACUGAAUGAAUGGUGACCGCACAACUGACUUUUGUGUAACUUUCAUGUAUGGACCAUACCACACGGGCAAAAUAUCAAAGUUACCAUGUCUGGACUAAGAUUCAAUAUAAGCGUUCCAUCCCAACACAGGCCCAGUAUGAAGUAUGACCGCUUACUGCAGCAAGUUGCCAUUCUAAACCUUGUGGUUACUGUCUAAAUGUCUAUCCAGUAAAAAGUUUUAUGCACUUUCA